AUGCCGCGAACACUCUCUCCACGGAAGAAACACGUUCCCUCCGUGGCUUCUGAAGAUCCAUGGAGAUCUGACAACCCAUUCGGACCACCUGAAGUACCACGCGCUGUGCCCGUUGGUAUCAAACGUCUCCGAAACACCCUCUCCAAGCUGUCCCCAUCCGCCUUCGCAGAGAAAGAACUCCUCCGCAAAAAGAACCAACACAAAAGCCCCCUGACGCAGCGCAACAUCGACAACCUCGUCACCGCGCAAGAGUGCAACGAAGCCUACAGACCCAAUCUCCACUCCCCAGAAAUCCAAGUCACCGAGUGGCUCCAGCGAGUGUCUUGA